AUGGCCCGACGUCUAAUCCUCCAACCAGCCAAGACUGCCAACCUCGCGACAAUGGCAUCCCUGCUGCGCACGUUUUCAAUAACCACAGGGCUAUUACGCUCUGCCCAGGCUGUCAAGCCGCUCAUGGCCAGCCCGGUUUCCACCUGGAUGGGAUGGCUGUCCAAGCCCGCAAUUGCAGGAUCCCUGCAGCAGACGAGGGGCAUGAAGGUUCACAGCUCGGUCAAGAAGAGGUGUGAGCACUGCAAGGUCGUUCGACGAAAGGCCGGAAAGCGACACAACGGAUACCUGUACAUCAUCUGCAAGGCAAAUCCUCGACACAAGCAGCGACAGAGCUAA